AUGAUCGUGUCAGCGAGCGGUCACGGCGAUACCGCAGGAGGGGAAUCCGACGAUGAGCCAGUCAAAGUCGCCGUUGCCUACCCCACGGGGAGAAACUCUGCAGCCGUUGAGGGUCGCAGCGAGACGCAGAUCGGCCGUCCCUCGGUCGACGGCGCCGAUUUCCGGCAAUGUGGGGCUAAGGCCUCGAUCGACCACGCCGAUGUCAAGAUUCGAAUCGGCGAGUUCGAGUUACCGGCUCACGGUUUAGUGCUCGCGGCCCAUAGCCCAUACUUCAAGAAGGCGCUGAAGGGCAACUUUCAAGAAAGCGAGAGCAAGACGUUUGAAUUCAGCAAAGGGAUUGCACAUGCGUACUGGAGAGUUUUUGAGUUCAUGUACACCAGCAAUUAUUCUGAAGAAGUCGAAUCAUUCGAAGCGCAAGGUGGCUACUCGCUACUUAAAUCGCAGAACAGUGCUGAUCUUCGCACAGAUGACGCCGACGAACUGACGAAGCACGUGCAAGUCUAUGUCUUGGCAGAUUUCUUCUUGAUGCUAAAACUGAAGAGGUUUGCCGUCUAA